AUGGCGUCAGAUAUCGGGUUCAUAGGUCUCGGGAACAUGGGAUACCGCAUGGCCGUCAACCUCCGCAAAAAGAUGCCUCCGACUGCCACACUGCACAUUUACGACGUCGUUGAGGAUGCCUGUCGGCGCUUCUCCGACAACUGCAGCAGGUUUGGGAAGAUCGAGAUUGCCAGAUCUUCCAAGGAAGUUGCCAGCAAGUGUUCGACGCUGCUGACCAUUGUCCCAACGAGCGAAAAUGUCCGCCAGGUCUUUCUGGAUCCGCAUUCCGGGGUCAUUGCGGCGCCCCAAGACCCUGACCGGCUUAUGCUAGAAUGCAGCACCAUCGAUAUCAAGGCCACCCAAGAGAUCGGCAAGCAGGUCAUGGAGGCCGGGCUGGGUAUCUACGUCGACGCUCCCGUCUCAGGUGGUGCUAGAGGCGCCGAGGAGGCCACCGUCGCCUUCCUCGUUGGCCAUCCCGGCCCGGCAGAGACGGAUCCCGUAGCGAGGCGCAUCAAGGAUGUCGUCUCCAACAUGGGCCUGCCCGAACGGGUUAAUUUCUGCGGCCCGCUAGGCUCGGGCUUGGUCGGUAAGAUCGUGAACAACUACAUCUCCAUCAACAACGUUCUGUCGCUGGCCGAAGGCAUGGCGUUUGGGUUGCGGUAUGGUGUGGAUAAGAUGAGACUGUACGACUGCGUCAAGAGCUCCAGUGGGAAUUCCUGGGUCCUGGAGAACAAGAACUCGGUGCCGGGCGUCAUUGCGCGGUCUCCGGCGAGUAACAACUUCCGGGCAACGUUUCCGGCACGCAUGGUGUUGAAGGACCUUACCCUAGGCAUCAAUGCGGCCAAGGAGGUUGGCAUUGAGGCGUCAAUGGGCGAGACUGCUCUCAAGUCGUUUCAGAAGGCCAACGAUGACCCAAGAACAACGGUGAGUCAUCCCUCCAUCAUAUAUUGUUUCUUAAACGUUCCCAGUAACCCAACUUGAUGCUCAUUCUUCGCUUCUAGGACUUGGACUGUACAUCUGUUUGGCUGCACAUGAACGACGAGGUCGAAGAGUGGGCCAAACAGCAGCAACACGAGUAGCUCCAGUGCCACACUCGACUCCU